GGCCUUUUCUUGUGCCUUGUUUGUUAAAGGCAUGCCGGCUACAGCAUUCAAAAAGGCCAUUACUUAACAAAGGGAAAGAGAUAAAUAUAAAUAAGCUCACAAUUUCAGAAUGAGCAGUUUGCAGUAAGAAGCUGCAGCAGCACCGCGUCUCUACUUUGUGCUGAGCUAACCUUUCCCUGUUAAAAAAAAUAAAUAAAGGAGUAAUAUUGCGCUUCUAAAAAGCGAGUUGCCAGUUUACAUGUUUAUUAGAUAAUUAUCUACAGGCAUGAGCACACUGUCUCAUCUAGCACACUCUUUUUUGGGGAGGAAAACAUUUCCUACCAGGACCUAGUCUCAGAGUGCUGAACCCUGCAGUCAGCAGGCCUUCUGAAACAACAACAACAGCAACAACAACAAAAACCCAUGGGUGACAGAAGAUUCAUUGAUUUCCAAUUUCAAGAUUUAAAUUCAAGCCUCAGACCCAGGUUGGGCAAUGUUACUGCCAAUAAUACAUGCAUUGUUGAUGAUUCCUUCAAGUAUAAUCUGAAUGGUGCUGUCUACAGUGUAGUAUUCAUCCUGGGUCUGAUAACCAACAGUGCCUCUCUGUUUGUCUUCUGCUUCCGGGUGAAAAUGAGAAGUGAGACUGCUAUUUUUAUCACCAAUCUGGCCCUCUCUGAUUUGCUCUUUGUCUGCACGCUACCUUUCAAAAUAUUUUACAAUUUCAACCGACACUGGCCUUUUGGUGACACCCUCUGCAAGAUCUCUGGUACUGCGUUCCUCACCAACAUCUACGGGAGCAUGCUCUUCCUCACAUGUAUCAGUGUGGAUCGUUUCCUGGCCAUUGUCUAUCCUUUCCGAUCUCGUACCAUUAGGACCAGGAGGAAUUCUGCCAUUGUGUGUGCUGGAGUCUGGAUUCUGGUCCUCAGUGGAGGUAUUUCAGCCUCUUUGUUCUCCACCACUAAUGUCAACAACGCAGCUACAACCUGUUUUGAAGGCUUCUCCAAACGUGUCUGGAAGACUUAUCUGUCUAAGAUCACCAUAUUUAUUGAAAUUGUUGGAUUCAUCAUUCCUUUGAUUUUGAAUGUCUCUUGCUCUUCUGUGGUGCUCAGAACUCUUCGUAAGCCUGCUACUCUGUCUCAAAUUGGAACCAACAAGAAAAAAGUACUGAAGAUGAUCACAGUGCAUAUGGCAGUCUUUGUGGUAUGUUUUGUGCCCUACAACUCUGUACUUUUUCUAUAUGCCCUUGUGCGUUCCCAAGCCAUUACCAAUUGCUUGUUGGAAAGAUUUGCAAAGAUCAUGUACCCAAUCACCUUGUGCCUCGCUACUCUCAACUGUUGCUUUGAUCCUUUUAUCUAUUAUUUCACGCUGGAGUCCUUUCAGAAGUCUUUUUACAUCAAUACCCACAUCAGAAUGGAAUCCCUGUUUAAGACGGAAACCCCUCUGACCACAAAACCUUCCCUUCCAGCUAUUCAAGAGGAAGCUAGUGAUCAAACAACACAGAAUGGCGGUGAAUUAACGCUAGAAGCCACUUUCUAGGUACGAGAACUGUAUUUAGGGUCAGAUAUGAU